GUUUUAUUAUGAAUCAAGAAAUCUACGCAGAACUGCUCUUCGCAAGAACUUUGAUAACCGACACUAAAGGUGAAUCAAUAUUUCAUGUUUUGAAGGAUUACUUCAUUGAAAAACCAAUUCCUUUAUCAAAUAUAAUAUCAGUAGCUACAGAUGGAGCACCUGCCAUGGUUGUAAGUUAUCGUGGAUUUAUAAGCUAUUUAAAACAAAAUGUGUCAGGGGUGUUAGCAAUACAUUGCGUCAUCCAUCGACAACAUUUAGUUGCUAAAAAUUUGAGUGUUAGAUUGCAUGAAUCACUUCAUUUAGUCAUUGAUGCAGUAAACCGAAUCCGAAGCAACACGUUGAAUAUGCGGUUAUUUGCGCAGUUGUGUGAAGAAAAUGACGAACACUUUCAUCAAUUACUCCUACACACUGAAGUACGCUGGCUGUCGAAAGGCUUAGUUUGACAAGAUUUUUUGCACUUUUUGAGACUAUUUUAGAAUUUCUGAAUACUAAAG